CACCUUGGAGUGUUAGGAUGAUCUGCAAAAGUUACCAGCCGAGUCUGUUGGCUCUUCUCUCUCCCUUAAAGGGUUUGGGGACCAGGGAAGAACCCCAUGUGGCGUUUGGCUCUCUCCUCCUCCCAUUCGCCCCAGUCCCUCAUCGUUUGAGUCAGACGCUGGGGCCAAAAGUCUGGGAAAGCCGUAAGUCUGGCUGCCUGUUUAGCGUGUAGUAGUGAGUACUCGGUUUCCGGAGGUAUUUAAGCAAAGACUGGAGUUUGGCGGUGGUGGAGUAUAAGCCUUCCUAAACGGAGUAAUGUAGUAGACAACCCCUUUUAAAAGACCCUUCUAUCCGUGAAGAGUAUGAUGUAGAGUUUGGUCGGAGAACAUCAACCUCCAGCAACAACCCCGCCGGCACUUCCUACUCAAAACUAAAAUACAGGAGAGAGUGGGUCAGUUUUCAGUAUCCGUGGCGUGACAGUCACUGAGGUAGAUCUGCAGAAGCUUCGCCCUAAUCACGCAGGGCGUGUCGGUACUUCCUCGUUGUCACGCCCUUGGUCUGCAUCCUCUAGGGCUCUUUGAGUACACGCCUCCUCGGAUGCAAAAACCUUUUCAGUUUCUAAUGAAGGCAGUUCCUCAUCAGCUACUCAGAACCAAGAAAAAUUUGCCAGAUCAAUCUCUGUAGAAACCCUUAUCUGGGCCUGGAAAUCCCGGGAGCAAGUGUCAAUUUGUCACUCCUUAAGGACAUGAAAGUCCCAGAAACUUGAUGGUGGUGAAGUGCUGGCGGUUAUUUAGAAAGACUGACAAUCUAAAAGAUCGCUUGGGGCCUUGGCCUGAGAUCUGGGAGCCUGUGAAGUGACUGGGAAGCCAUGGACGCAGCUGAGAAAGAGGAAAUCAGCGUUGAAGAUGAAGCUGUGGAUAAAAACAUUUUCAAAGACUGCAGCAAGAUUGCUUUCUACAGGCGUCAGAAACAGCGGCUCUCCAAGAAGUCUACCUAUUGGGCAUUACUAGACUCAGUCACAGAAGGCAAAGAGAGCACCAGGUUCCAAAUCAUCAAUGAAGCAGCUAAGGUUCCUCUCCUGGCUGAAGUUUAUGGUAUAGAGGGAAAUAUUUUCAGGCUUAAAAUCAAUGAAGAAACACCCUUGAAACCCAGGUAUGAAGUUCCUGAUGUCCUCACAAGCAAGCCAAGCACUGUAAGGCUGAUUUCAUGCUCAGGGGAUACAGGCAGUCUUGUAUUGGCAAAUGGAAAAGGAGAUCUGAAGUGUCACAUCACAGCAAACCCAUUCAAGAUAGACUUGGUAUCUGAAGAAGAGGUUGUGAUGAGCAUAAACUCCCUGGGCCAAUUGUACUUUGAGCAGCUGCAGAUUCCUCCCAAGCAAAGCAGAGCCACCAAGGAAAAUGAGGAGGAUACAUCAGAUGAUACCACUCAGGAAAAUCAAGAGGAACUGGGCCUGUGGGAGGAGAAAUUCAGAAAUUUUGUGGAUGUCAAAGAUAAUGGUCCUGCCUCCAUUGGUUUGGAUUUCUCCUUGCAUGGGUUUGAGCAUGUCUAUGGGAUCCCGCAACAUGCAGAAUCACACCAACUUAAAAAUACAAGUGAUGGAGAUGCUUACCGUCUUUAUAACCUAGAUGUCUAUGGAUAUAAAAUACAUGACAAAAUGGGCAUUUAUGGUUCAGUGCCUUAUCUCCUGGCCCACAAACUGGGCAGGACUCUAGGCAUUUUUUGGCUAAAUGCCUCAGAAACACUAGUGGAGAUCAAUACAGAGCCUGCUGUAAAGGAUGCAUUGACCCAGACGGGCCCAGUUGCUGUUAGACAAAAGGUCAGAUCUCAAACUGAUGUGCACUGGAUGUCAGAGAGUGGAAUCAUUGAUGUUUUUUUGCUGACAGGACCUACACCUUCUGACGUCUUCAAGCAGUACUCAUACCUUACAGGCACACAAGCCAUGCCCCCUCUCUUCUCCUUGGGGUACCAUCAGUGCCGCUGGAACUACGAAGAUGAGCGUGAUGUAAAGGCAGUGGAUGCAGGAUUUGAUGAACAUGACAUUCCUUACGAUGUCAUGUGGCUGGACAUAGAGCACACUGAAGGCAAGAGGUACUUCACCUGGGACAAGAAAAGGUUCCCAAACCCCAAAAGGAUGCAAGAGCUGCUCAGGAGCAAAAAACGUAAGCUUGUGGUCAUUAGUGACCCCCACAUCAAGAUUGAUCCCGACUACUUAGUGUAUGCUAAGGCCAAAGAACAGGGCUUCUUUGUGAGGAAUCAUGAAGGGGGAGACUUUGAAGGUGUAUGCUGGCCUGGUCUCUCCUCUUACCUGGAUUUUACCAGUCCCAAAGUCAGAGAGUGGUAUUCCAGUCUUUUUGCUUUCCCUGUUUAUCAGGGAUCUACUGACAUCCUCCACAUAUGGAACGACAUGAAUGAGCCCUCUGUCUUUAGAGGGCCAGAACUAACCAUGCAGAAGAAUGCCAUUCAUCAUGGCAACUGGGAGCACCGAGAACUUCACAACAUCUAUGGCUUUUAUCAGCAAAUGGCCACUGCAGAAGGACUGAUCCAACGAUCUAAAGGGAAGGAGAGACCCUUUGUUCUUACACGUUCUUUCUUUGCUGGAUCACAAAGAUAUGGUACUGUGUGGACAGGUGACAACACAGCAAAGUGGAGUUACCUGAAAAUUUCUAUCCCUAUGUUACUCACCCUCAGCGUGACUGGGAUCUCUUUUUGUGGAGCGGAUGUAGGCGGCUUCAUCGGGAAUCCAAAGGCAGAGCUGCUAGUGCGGUGGUACCAGGCUGGAGCCUACCAACCCUUCUUCCGUGGCCAUGCCACCAAGAACACCAAGCGACGGGAACCCUGGCUCUUUGGGGAGGAGCACACCCGGCUCAUCCAAGAAGCCAUCAGAGAGCGCUACACCCUCCUGCCCUACUGGUAUUCUCUGUUCUACUCUGCACACUUGGCUUCCCAACCCGUCAUGAGGCCUCUGUGGGUAGAGUUCCCUGAUGAAGUAGAGACUUUUGGUGUGGAAGAUGAAUACAUGCUGGGAAGCGCUUUAUUGGUUCACCCAGUCACAGAACCAAAAGCUACUGUGGUUGAUGUGUUUCUGCCAGGAUCAAGUGAGGUCUGGUAUGACUCUAAGACAUUUGCUCAUUGGGAAGGAGCAUGUACUGUAAAGAUCCCAGUAGCCUUGGACACGAUACCAGUGUUUCAACGAGGUGGAAGUGUGGUACCAAUAAAGACAACUAUAGGAAGAUCCACGGGCUGCAUGACUGAUUCCCCAUAUGGACUCUGGGUGGCCCUAAGCACUAAGGGUUCUGCUGUGGGUGAAUUCUAUCUCGAUGAUGGUCAUUCAUUCCAAUACCUCCACCAGAAGCAAUUCUUGCACAGGAAGUUUUCAUUCGCCUCAGGUGUUUUGAUCAACAGUUGUGCUGACAAGAGGGGUCAUUAUCCCAGCAAGUGUGUGGUGGAGCAGAUCUUGGUCCUAGGCCUCAAGAAGCAGCCAUCUUCUGUGACCAGCCACUCACCUGAUGGUAAAGCUCAGCCUGUGGCUUUUACAUAUUGUGCCAAAACAUCCACCCUGAACCUGGAGAAGUUCUCACUGAACAUUGGUGCUGACUGGAAGGUCCAAAUCCAGUGACAGAGCAGUGCACCUGGUGACAAGUGAUGGGAGCAGCUGCACCUUUCUGCCUUUCCACGGGCCUUUUUUUGCGAUUUGUGCUGCAUGCUAUUGACUCCUCUGGCUCAAAGUCAUCUUUCAUAAGUCACCAGUUUACUAACGAACAAUAGCUUUCAGAUUUUUCAGAUGUUACAUUUUUAGAUGUGCUAAUAAUACUCUUUGUGUCACACACGCCCUCUUCUCCUACAUGCAAGUGGCCCAGAGACAUUUAUAGCGUUCACAGAUCUCGCAUUGCUCCGUGGGCCAUGACCUGUGGUAUGCACUCUGGCCCAGUGGGCAGUUUCUCUUUGAGCACAGCUGGAUGGGUUUGUUUUAUGUGAGAAGUGGGCCAAGCCCACCCACCUUGUGGAAGGUUGUCUCAGUCCAUGUGGCAGAGCCACUUGGGCUCCAGCAGCUGAGCUGCUCAAGGCCUAUCUCCAAGUAGACAGCAGCUUCUGGUGCCUCCCCACCCCAGUUAUCUUUUACCCACUUAGACCUGGACAAGACAACCUUUUCUGCUUAGAGUGUAUUCACUGCAGCAACAGGGAGUUACUCUACCCUAGAGACUGACUCAGGAACACAAAGGGCUCUUUUCCCUGUCAUGUUUUUUGGGGUCCAAAGUUCCAAAUUAAUCUCCUUAAAAUUCUCAUUUCUUUAUAUUAAUUUUUUUAUUAAAUAUUGUCCACUAACCAAAGCUUAUUUAUAAUAUGAGUAAGCUAUAAUUUAAAAUAAUAAAAUAAUUACCCAUGUCCCCACCCUCAAACUUCAGAAAUAGAACACAGGGCCGGGAUGAGGGGGAGGCAAGUAAGGCACUUGCCUGGGGCACAAAAUUUAAGGGGAUGCCCCAAAUCACAGUAAUCAAAAUAAAUAAUAUUUUAAUGCAAUAUUUUUAAAAAUCAAAAUUAACAGCAGGGCUUCCCU